GCGGAGCCCACCGCUCGGGCCCCGAUGAGUAACUCUCGGAAUAACCGGGUGAUGGUGGAAGGGGUCGGGGCCCGGGUAGUCCGCGGCCCGGACUGGAAGUGGGGGAAGCAGGACGGCGGCGAGGGCCAUGUGGGCACGGUCCGGAGCUUCGAGAGCCCCGAGGAGGUGGUGGUGGUGUGGGACAACGGCACCGCCGCCAACUACCGCUGCUCUGGGGCCUACGACCUGCGCAUCCUGGACAGCGCGCCCACGGGCAUCAAGCAUGAUGGAACCAUGUGUGAUACCUGCCGCCAGCAGCCAAUCAUUGGCAUUCGGUGGAAGUGUGCAGAGUGUACAAAUUAUGAUUUGUGCACAGUUUGUUAUCAUGGAGAUAAGCAUCACUUAAGGCAUCGCUUCUAUAGAAUUACUACACCAGGAAGUGAGCGGGUUCUGUUAGAGUCUCGUAGAAAAUCUAAGAAGAUUACAGCCAGAGGGAUCUUUGCAGGUGCCAGAGUGGUACGAGGAGUAGACUGGCAAUGGGAAGAUCAGGAUGGAGGAAAUGGACGUAGGGGAAAGGUAACAGAAAUCCAAGACUGGAGUGCAUCGAGCCCACACAGUGCAGCAUAUGUUCUCUGGGAUAAUGGUGCUAAGAACCUUUACAGAGUUGGCUUUGAGGGUAUGUCUGAUCUGAAGUGUGUCCAGGAUGCCAAAGGAGGUUCUUUCUACAGAGAUCACUGCCCUGUGCUAGGUGAGCAGAAUGGCAACAGGAAUCCUGGUGGGUUGCAGAUUGGUGACCUGGUAAAUAUAGAUCUUGACCUAGAAAUUGUACAGUCUUUGCAGCAUGGUCAUGGAGGAUGGACUGAUGGCAUGUUUGAGACUUUAACUACAACUGGAACUGUUUGUGGCAUUGAUGAAGAUCAUGACAUUGUAGUACAGUAUCCAAGUGGCAAUAGGUGGACCUUCAAUCCUGCCGUUCUCACUAAAGCAAACAUUGUCCGAAGUGGGGAAGCUGCUCAGGGUGCAGAAGGAGGCACCUCACAGUUUCAAGUGGGUGAUCUUGUACAAGUUUGUUAUGAUCUGGAAAGAAUUAAACUUCUGCAAAGAGGACAUGGAGAAUGGGCUGAAGCUAUGCUCCCAACUUUAGGUAAAGUUGGCCGAGUACAACAGAUUUAUUCAGACAGCGAUUUAAAGGUGGAAGUUUGUGGCACAUCUUGGACAUACAAUCCAGCAGCAGUUUCCAAGGUGGCAUCUGCAGGAUCAGCCAUUAGCAAUGCAUCUGGUGAAAGACUCUCCCAACUAUUGAAGAAAUUAUUUGAAACUCAAGAAUCUGGUGACCUCAAUGAAGAAUUAGUUAAGGCUGCUGCCAACGGAGAUGUUGCUAAAGUGGAAGAUUUGCUAAAAAGACCAGAUGUGGAUGUAAAUGGACAAUGUGCUGGCCACACAGCUAUGCAAGCUGCUAGUCAGAAUGGACAUGUUGACAUUUUGAAGUUACUUUUGAAACAAAAUGUGGAUGUAGAAGCGGAGGACAAAGAUGGAGAUAGAGCCGUUCACCAUGCAGCUUUUGGAGAUGAAGGUGCUGUUAUAGAAGUUCUACAUCGAGGCAGUGCUGAUUUGAAUGCUCGCAACAAACGCCGACAGACACCACUUCAUAUUGCUGUCAAUAAAGGUCAUCUUCAAGUUGUGAAGACUUUAUUGGACUUUGGUUGUCAUCCCAGUCUUCAGGAUUCUGAAGGUGAUACCCCUCUUCAUGAUGCAAUAAGUAAGAAACGUGAUGAUAUCCUGGCAGUCCUUCUGGAAGCUGGAGCAGAUGUUACCAUUACAAACAAUAAUGGAUUUAAUGCCCUUCACCAUGCUGCACUAAGAGGAAAUCCCAGUGCAAUGCGUGUUUUACUGUCUAAAUUACCAAGACCAUGGAUUGUGGAUGAGAAGAAAGAUGAUGGUUAUACUGCCUUGCAUCUAGCUGCCCUUAAUAAUCAUGUGGAAGUGGCUGAAUUGUUGGUACAUCAGGGUAAUGCAAACCUGGAUAUCCAAAAUGUGAACCAACAAACGGCCCUCCAUCUUGCUGUUGAACGACAGCACACCCAGAUUGUUAGGCUUUUGGUCCGUGCAGGUGCCAAAUUAGAUAUUCAGGACAAGGAUGGGGAUACUCCUUUGCAUGAAGCUCUGAGGCAUCACACCUUGUCUCAGCUACGUCAGCUCCAAGAUAUGCAAGAUGUGGGGAAGGUCGAUGCUGCCUGGGAGCCAUCCAAAAACACAUUAAUAAUGGGACUUGGUACCCAGGGGGCAGAGAAGAAGAGUGCAGCAUCUAUUGCCUGUUUCUUGGCUGCUAAUGGUGCCGACCUUAGCAUUCGAAAUAAGAAGGGUCAAUCACCACUUGAUCUCUGUCCUGACCCAAGUCUCUGCAAAGCACUGGCAAAGUGUCAUAAAGAAAAAGUCAGUGGUCAAGUGGGCUCUCGAAGUCCUUCUAUGAUUAGUAAUGAUUCUGAAACCUUAGAAGAGUGUAUGGUGUGCUCAGAUAUGAAGAGAGAUACUCUUUUUGGCCCAUGUGGACAUAUUGCUACCUGUUCUCUAUGUUCUCCACGAGUCAAGAAAUGCCUCAUUUGUAAAGAGCAAGUUCAAUCUAGGACAAAGAUCGAAGAAUGUGUGGUAUGCUCAGACAAGAAAGCAGCUGUUCUUUUUCAACCGUGUGGACACAUGUGUGCUUGUGAGAACUGUGCUAGCUUGAUGAAAAAGUGUGUGCAGUGUCGGGCAGUGGUUGAACGAAGAGUGCCUUUCAUUAUGUGUUGUGGAGGGAAAAGUUCAGAAGACACUACUGAUGAUAUCUCAAGUGGAAGUAUCCCAGUGUUACAAAAGGACAAGGACAAUACCAAUGUCAAUGCAGAUGUGCAGAAGUUGCAGCAGCAGUUGCAAGACAUUAAGGAGCAGACAAUGUGCCCUGUGUGUUUGGAUCGUCUAAAGAAUAUGAUUUUCCUCUGUGGCCAUGGAACAUGCCAGCUCUGCGGAGACCGAAUGAGUGAAUGUCCAAUUUGUCGAAAGGCUAUUGAACGAAGGAUUCUUUUGUAUUAACAAGAAACUCAGUGUGUUUUGUUAGCUAAGGUAUUUGGUCAUGAGAUUUUAGUAAGCUUUUAAGCUAGUUGAAGGUUCUAAGAAAUUAAUUUUUAAUAUUAUAGUUUCUUUACGAGAGUAUAAUUAGAUUGUAAAUGUUCCAGAACAAAAAAACUACAAAACAGUGUUUUAAGUCCUGUGUUUUUUUGUUUGUAUUUUGUUUUAAUUUGUUUUUUUUUGUGUGUGUUUUUUGUUGUUGUUUGUUUUGUUUUAAUUUGAAACAUCACAUCCAUGUAUUUCAUGGUUAAUUUACUAUUGGCUAAGGGGAAAAUCUACUAAGGAAAAUCCUUUAAAGAUCUGUUAUAAAUUUGUUAGACGACAGAAAAUACACUUCCUUAUAAUCUCCUGUCCUUCAGUUUAUCAUGAUUUAUACAGUGAGUUGACACAGGUACUCAGAAGAGUUAUGCAUCAAGUGAAAGGGGCAAGUCAAACCAUUCUGUCACACAUAUUAAGGGAAUAUUGAAGAGAGAAUUCUUUUUAAGAUAACAUAAAGUUAUCCAAAUGAUUGUUUCUGAAUUCUUUGAGUACAUGGAAGCAUAGAAGAAUAACUUUGCAUUUAGCUUAUUUUCUAGAUUUAAAGGGAAAAGAAAACUUGGAUCCAGUUUCAAAAUGACUGGUAGACAUGAAAAGGAAAAAUUGUAGUGGGAACUGAAGGGAGGAAAACUAUUCCGUCAAAGAGUAUCUAUUAACUGCUAUUAAUGGUUGCCUUUCUUAUAUUAAUUUAAACACUGUUGUUUUGUUCAGCCAGCCUUUAAAAAAAUGCCUGUGAAAAGUGUGCCUCAGCUUUCCCUCUGGUUGCUUAUCCAGGCUUGAUCUGUCCAAUGAAAUGGUAAUCCCCUCAUUGGCCUCUGGGGUUCUCUUCAGCCCUUCCAGUAUACUGAAUAGUAGUGCCCGUGAUCUGAGCAGGAUAGUGCACUGUCCAAAGGCAUCAACCCUUUCUUCGGUCUGUUAAUUCUGACUGAUACGGAGUCUAGGCUUGCUUCCAUUCCCUCUCAGAUAGUAAGGCUUACUAUAAAGAGCACAGUCUCUCUUUAUACCUAGAGAUGAGGAUAUUAUCUAAACUGCCAACAAUAUCCAAGACAUAAUAAAUAUCCUAAAAAUAAAUACAAAGAGUGACUAGGACAUUUACAGAAAUAUGUCCGAUUACCUGUAAGUUUUUUUAAACUCAAACUUUGAUUUUAGAGCUUCUAAUCACUUUCUCUUCUUUGGAUGAGCAAUCUUAUCUAGGAUGGAUAUACACACAAAUAAGCGUCUGAGGGUUCAUUGCUGCUAGAUUUUUAAGGUAUCAGCUGUUUACAGUAAUGUCUACAUAUUAUAUACUGUGUAUUAGCUUACUCCUAAGGGUAGUUAUCUUUUUUUGUAGUUUUCCUCCCCCUCUGAAUCUGAUUCUUAAGUCCAUUUUUCUGGUACAACGACUAACUUGGAAAGUACAGUCUCAAGCCCUCAUAGCACCAUAUUUCUGACUAUUUAAUGGCUACUGCCAUUGCACGUCCUGGUGAAAACAGUGGUGAGCUUUGCUGGCUGAUUUUAUAGUAUCAGUAAUUCCAUAUCUGUGUUUAGCUGACUAACAUCAUUUAGAGCGAUAAAAUUUUUAUAAAUUUACAUUUGAAAAUUUACUGACUCAGUUAUCUAAUAAAGGGCCACUGAGGCUAUUUUUAAGCCAUAUUUUGAAGUUAUAAAAAGAUAGAACAUCUGGCUGAUGAUGUUCGCCUAAGGAGACAAAUAAACUAUGCUCUUUCAGAUUUGAAAACAGUGUAAGUCUGGAUUGUCCUUUUCUUCCAUGCCCUGGGCCACCCAUCUCUUUUCUAAUAGAUCCGAUCUGCUGGUAAGGAGGGAGCACCUGGCUGACUCAUGCAUAGUUUGGCCAACCAGAGGAUUUUAUGAUCUAGAACUCUACUUAAAUCCUUUUUAUUUGUCUUCUGAGCUACAGUGCUAAAGCUUAUAUUCCUAAAAGGCAAUUUUAUCUUACAGACUUGUUUAUUUCCACCAUAUUCAAAAUAUAAUAACUUACAAACUGUUAUAAAAGUUAUGACGUCAGUAUAUUAUAGUGCUAUGCACUUGUGGAUUUUCUAUAUUUGUACCACUUUGAAAUUUACUUAAAUAGAAAAUGUUUUCCUAUUCACAUUUUCAAGCACUUGAAAAAUUAUUUUAAAUUUAUUUUGGCAUUGUGAGAGAGAAUAAGAUAAGAAGUUAAUGAAGUGACUUUCCUCUUACUCUGUGAAACUGCUACCUCUUAUUGUAUAUGUCUCUCAGCAGUACUUUCCCAGUGAGGCAUGUUUCCUUCUCAUUAUCACCUCUAUCUCAUGCCUUAAAGAGCUUGUACUUUUCCUGGAAUCAUUUAAAAAAACAAAACUGACAUGCAUACAUUAAAAAACAUAUGGGGCUUCAUUUAAAAAAUGGUCAGCACCUAGCACACACAGAAUUUAUCAGGCAGUUGUAUAUUUAAAGUAAUCUGUAGACAAAAAGGGAUCUAAAUGCUAGCAUUUUUUCUUAAUGUUUUAUAAGAGUUAUCAGUAAGUAGUAUUUGGAUUCCCUCUUUCUACCCCCUCACUCUUACCACAUUUUCUCCUUUAUUCUUCUAAGAUUGCCAGCUUUGUUACCCAAAACAUAAAACUUACCAGAUGGUGGUGCUAUUCUAAUUGUUUUUCUUCACAUAAUUUAACAUUCUUACUGCUUAUACUAUAUACAUACUUAAUUUUGUUGGGAGCAAGAAGUUUUUCAAAUAAAGGUCAUUUUGUAUUAGUAUAGGAAUAUUAUAUUAGACAAGUGUUUAGUUUAACUGGCUGAAUUAUGCUUGGUUAUUUGUAAUUUUAAACAUUGCAACUUGACUAGCUAACUACUGAGGCAUAAAAUUGAGAAUAACUUUCUUAAAUCUAUAUCUUUGAUGGCUUUAGCCUGUAAGGACAUUCUAGUAUAUUGAAAUGCAUGCUGCUUAAGGUUUGUCCAAUUAAAAUUUCAAAGCUUGCUUCGUUUUUACAUGGCCGAAACAUACUGUCUAGUCUGUGUUGCCAAUUGCCAUUUUUUGGUUUAUUAUGAAUUUUGGACCCUAUUGGACUAGGAAUUAGUUAAAUUUAUGAACUAAGAGAAUUAGUGAUGGAGGCGUAGGAUAAGGAGAACAGUAGGGGGUUGUAGCAAGUAAGAAAGAAAUGUCAGUGUUUGAAUUAGAGGAGGAAAGGCGGGAUCAGGUAGGUUUCAUCAAAGUAAGUGGAGAGAGAGUAUUUAAUUGAAUAACAGAAAGGGUCUUUCAUCCAGUUCUCAGUGUAGUUUGACAGUUGCUUUGGAAAUUAUAGGCGUUAAUACAGCUUGCUUUUUUAAGAAAUCGAAAAGGAAAAGCACUUCUCAGAGUGUCUAAAAUACUUUAUAGUAAUAAUUUGUGUAAAAAUUGAAUUUUGGAAUAUAAGUUUUUGCAUUUCUUUAUUGUGAUAAAAACACAUAACAUGAAAUUUACCAUCUUAACCAUUUUCUGGUGUACAGUUUAGUAAUAUUAAGUAAAUUCAGAUUGUUGUGAUACAAUCACAUCUUGAAAAAUUUAAAAUCUAUGCCCAUUAAACAAUGAACUCCUUUCUCUCCUGCCCCUAGUGGAAUUGAAUUUUGAUUAAAUAUAAAAAGAAACACCUGAAAUAUUUUAAAUGCUAGUGUUUGCAAGAUCAAAAAUGAUAAACAUCAAGUUCCUAAAAUUUGGGGGAUGACAGAAUUUUCUUUCCCCACCCCUACCAUUAUCAUCAGUCAUAAUUGAGUAGGUUUUAAAUGUCUGUUAAUUGAAAGGGUUUGUGAGUUCAUUUUGAACCAGAGGGAAGAAACAUUUUAAACAUUAGAAUUAGUUUAGCUUUGAACUUAUACUAAAUUAGGAAGGUAAAGGAUUUUCAUAAAUUAUGUGUGCCUUGUUGAAAAUGUCAGUUGUCUUUAAUUCUACAUGUAACUAUUGAAAAAACUUUUUCUCUCAAAAAGCAACCUAGUUUUAUUCGCUUGACUAUUAUGAUAGAAUGCUUACUGAUAUUACUUGAUAAUCAUAUAUAGCCUUGGAACUUUAACAUAUACAUAAAACUAUAAUAGUAUUAAAAAUUACAGUUGUACUUCUUUAAAACAUUAAAUUUGAGGAAAAACUAUUCAGUGCUGUCUCAUGUGUACAUUGCUUUGCUAUAGUGAGGGGGAGUCCUUUAGAUUGAGCCUCAAUUUACUGAUAAAUGCUUAGCAGUGGGUGAAACUAGAGUAUUAAAGUAUGAGCUAGAUAGUGGAGCUGAUGAAUUAGAAUUGUAAGUUGCUACAUUAGCAUUUUCUACCUCCAUUUCUAUUGGAGUGUUAUUUUCCCCCAGCAUUUAUUCAUACUUGUAACUAAGGAGGAGGUGGAAACCCAAGGUUAAAUUGAAAUUUUAAUUUUGUUGAGGAUUUAAGCAGUAGGUGCAGGAAAGGUGACUUACCACAUCAAUUUGGUGCCUAAAGCCAUAACUACAAGUUUUAAUUGACAUGGAUAAAAUAUGUAAGAAAGAUAAUAUUGCCGAAUAUGUUACUUUUCCUGUGUAGUCUAUUUGAUUUUGUUUCAUAAACAUGACUUCUUUCCUUCAAAAAGCAAAAUGGUCUUAUAAUUUUCUAUAAAAUAAACAAAUGUGCCAUUUUGACUGAAAUCUAUAAUUUCAGGAAGCUAUUGAAAGUUCUGACUCAGGGCUUUUUAACAGUUUAAGCAAUUGGUAAUUGUAUUUUGGAAAAUCCAUCUACAUAAUUCUUCAGUGCCUUGAAAGAAUUAUUAACUUGGCAACACUACUAAAACUUUAUAGAAGGCAUAGUGUGUGUGUAUUAACCUACACACGUUUAUAAGUUGUAUUGCUUAAGCUUGUGUGAUAGCGAUACUGUAUGUGUGCUGGGUUUGGGUAAUUCUUUAAAGGAACUUUUCUAGAUUUGCACUUGAUAUUUGUUCUUUUAAUAAAACUGAUUAUUUAUGGCCA